GCGGGCUCGCUUUCCGGCGGGAGCGCGGGGCGUGAGGCUGGCGCCACCGGCCCGUGUCUGUGCUCGCUGCAUCCUCCGGCUCCAGUGCCCGGUGGCGACUCAUCUGUGGCGAGAGAGCGGGGCCGGGCUCGGCUCUGGCCUGACCCGCGAGGUGACCUUGGUCGAGUCCCCUGUCGCGCGAAGCUGCGGCGCUUGUCUGUGGCGCGGGUCUGUCAGGGACCUGGCUCUCGAGCGGUUGAGGACAUAGACCUAGAGCGGCCCCACCGGCUGUCCGGUGGCAGAGGGAGCACCGUGCCGCCGGAGGCGGUGGGAGAGAGCUCGGUCUUGGGGCGAAGAUGCCCCUACACGUGAAAUGGCCGUUCCCUGCGGUGCCGCCGCUCACCUGGACCCUGGCCAGCAGCGUUGUCAUGGGCCUGGUGGGCACCUACAGCUGCUUCUGGACCAAGUACAUGAACCACCUCACCGUCCACAACAAGGAGGUGCUGUACGAACUCAUCGAGAACCGAGGCCCAGCCACUCCCCUCAUCACCGUCUCCAAUCACCAGUCCUGCAUGGAUGACCCUCAUCUCUGGGGGAUCCUGAAACUCCGCCACAUCUGGAACUUGAAGUUGAUGCGUUGGACCCCGGCGGCUGCAGACAUCUGCUUCACCAAGGAGCUGCACUCCCACUUCUUCAGCUUGGGCAAGUGUGUGCCCGUGUGUCGAGGAGAUGGCGUCUACCAGAAGGGAAUGGACUUCAUUUUGGAGAAGCUCAACCAUGGGGACUGGGUGCACAUCUUCCCGGAAGGCAAAGUGAACAUGAGCUCCGAGUUCCUGCGCUUCAAGUGGGGUAAGGGCUGGCGUGGACCGUGGCAGACGGGAAUCGGGCGCCUGAUUGCCGAGUGUCAUCUCAACCCCAUCAUCCUGCCACUGUGGCAUGUCGGAAUGAACGAUGUCCUUCCUAACAGCCCGCCCUACUUCCCCCGCUUUGGACAGAAAAUCACCGUGCUGAUCGGAAAGCCCUUUAGUGCCCUGCCCGUGCUCGAACGGCUCCGGGCAGAAAACAAGUCGGCUGUGGAGAUGCGGAAAGCCCUGACUGACUUCAUUCAGGAGGAAUUCCAGCGCCUGAAGACCCAGGCGGAACAGCUCCACAACCACCUGCAGCCCCGGAGCUAGGCGCCACCCGGCCCAGACCUUGCCCUUGCUUCCUCUGGAUGGGGCGCUGGCCCCCAAGGCCUGGAGAAGAGGCAGCUCUGGGACCCAAGCCCCAGCUGCCGGGCUCUCAGUGCUGCUUUUGGGUCCUCGUCCCACAUGGAGCUGGGGCUGGGGGAUGGACUGAUGCUUUGAGCUCAGAUAAGGUUUGUUAGAUUUGUUCAUACCCUUAAUGGGUGCCCUCUCCUAGCUGGUGAACAUUCCAGCUUCUCUGUGUGUCUUCAGUUGAAGGAAGGGUCUCAGCUGCUCCUCCCACUUGGCCACGAAGGUGUUCUCUCUCAGGGCUGGUAUCAGGAGAGAGGGUCGCUGAAGGGGGAGCGGGUGGUCAGGCUGGAGCUUUGGGGAGGGUCCCACGAGGCCCUUGGCCUGCCUUCCACCCACCUGCCCCAAUCCAGGAGCUGCUCACCACCUUCUCAGGGAUGACCGUCAGCCACGUCUUCCUUCUGCCCGUGCUUCUCACAAGUGAGGGAGCCUCAGGCAGGGCCCAGCCCCAGGCUGCAGUCAGAAGAGCAGCUCUUUGCCAGAAGUGGAGCCCAGCCAAACGGAGCUGGCAGCAAGGGCCUGAGACCCUGCUGCUCGCCUUCACACCAGGGCCACUGACUUCUCCAUCCUUUCUGCUUCCCUGGCAUUACUCGACUCUCCUGGGGCCUGGGUUUUCAUGUUUUGUAAACAAUAAAGCAUCUAUAUUGUGCUGUUUUA